AUGGUCCUGCUGAGCCCAACAGUCAGAGCACUUGAGGUACUCCUGCAUAUGUGCGAAGAGUAUGUGAAGUCACACGGCUUGACGUAUAAUGUAAAAGAGAGUGUGAUAAUGGUCUUUAGGGCCGCCGGGGGCAAAUUACCGAGUUAUGUUCCACCCAUUAAGAUAAGCAAUAUAGAACUCGAGCGGGUCUAUCAAUACAAGUACCUUGGCCAUUUUGUCUCCGCCGACCUUAAGGACCUCAUGGAUUUUGAGAGGGAACGCAGGGCGCUGGCGGUCAGGUGUAAUAUGGUGGUGCGAAGGUUUGCGCGUUGCAGUGAACAAGUAAAGAUUCUACUUUUUAAAUCAUACUGCCAAGUUUUUUACACGUGCAGCCUUUGGACCAACUAUACGCACAGAGCCAUCAGCGCCCUGCGAGUACAAUAUAACAAUGGUUUUCGUAUGUUGUUGGGGCUGCCGCCGUUCUGCAGCGCGUCAGGCAUGUUUGCACAGGCUCGCACUGAUGACUUUUAUGCCAUUAUGCGCAAAAAGUCGGCCUCACUUCUCUGCAGACUGCGAGCCAGCUCCAGCCCAAUACUGAAGACCAUUGCCAGGAGAAUUGACUCUCCCUUUAUGCGGCAACUUUUUUCGCCUCGUUUUUAA